UUUCAGCAAUGAAGAGUCUGAUAGCUCAGAGGAUGAGAAGCAAGCUGCCAACCCACUGCUAAACCAGUUACUGCAAAGACAGCUAGUGAGAAAGCUGCAGCAGCAAACAAUGAUUCCAGUGAUUCAGAAGAUGAAAAAAUAGGUCAAGAAGCCAAUUCCGGCAAAAUUUACACAUGGAAAAGAUAUGGUUAACUCCAGGCCUAUAGCCAAAAUUACACCAGCCAAGCCUGCUGCUGCUGCUAAAGAGAGCUCUAGUAGUGAGGACAGCUCAGAUAAUGACACUCCAGCAACCAAAAGCAAACCAAAGUCAAGAGCAUACAAUGCAGUUCCACCACCAUCUGUUGUGAAGCAGGGAUCACCUUCAUUAGCAAAUAAGAAGCUAGAUGGAACUGGAACUUCGGCUGCUGCAGUGCCAAAGAGUCCGGCUCAAAUAGUGAAUCUGAUUCCAGCUCUGAUGAGGAACCAGCUGCAAAAAUAAACUGCCAAGACAACACCACCAAAGAUGCCAUCUGCAAAUCCAGCUCCAUCAAAAGUAACA